AAUUGUUUUAUCUAGAAUACAUAUUCUGUGCCACCAUGUCGUAUGUGUUUGUGUUUGUUUUUAGUGAAUAGAACGAAGCAACAUCAGUUUACAGAAGUGUUAAUUUAAACGUUUUUAGUCAAAUAUGUUCUUUUUUAUUUGGUAAAAACAAAGAAAGUGUGGACAAUAAAUUUUCAUCUUCAAUUGUCUGGGAAUUAGUCAAAUCAAAUCAAAAUGUCAAGUGCUGCUCGAUAUGGGAGAAUAAUUCUCAGACAUGUUAAGUCUCGUGGAAGUGGACAGGUUUUUCGUAUGAAAUUUCAAGUAGCUGUACAUGAAGAGCCAGUGUGUGCAAACAUUACUGCUUGUAUACAGCGUCAGUACGCAUCUACCACAAGUUCUGGGAACGGUGGGGAUGAGACCACUGAGGACAAAAAUAAACCUAAAGCUCCAGUAACACCAGCCAAAGGUGGCACAGACAAAGGGAAAGGGGGCAAGAAAGGGUCCAACCAGCUUUGUUGCCCAAAGUGUGGCGAUCCUUGUACACAUGUAGAAACUUUUGUUUCAUCCACUCGCUUUGUCAAGUGUGAGAAGUGCCACCACUUUUUUGUUGUGUUGUCAGAAACAGAUUCAAAGAAAAGCUUCAAGGAAUUUCGGGAUGAAAAAAUUAACCAAAGAAAGAAAACACCACCUCCACCAAAAAAGAUUUUUGAGUUUUUAGACAGAUAUGUUGUAGGACAAGAUCACGCCAAGAAAGUUCUCUCAGUGGCAGUGUACAACCACUACAAGCGUAUCUACCACAACCUGCCAGGGGGGAACACUAGCACAAAGGAGACAACUACAUCGCAGUCAGGACAACAUUUCCCACACACUUUCUCACCUCGAGAUAUGCUUCAAAUAGCUGUGACGGGGCCACUGGGACCAAGUGUUGGUGGCUCCACACAGAGCCCCAGUGGGGGGGAGGAGACAAGCAAGAAGUCUGAUAUACUGGAGUCUGCUGUACACGAGCUGCAACUGGAGAAAAGUAACAUCCUCAUGUUGGGGCCUACUGGCUCAGGUAAGACUCUCCUGGCUCAGACACUGGCUCGCUGUUUGGAUGUCCCAUUUGCUAUUUGUGACUGCACCACUCUGACCCAGGCAGGUUAUGUGGGGGAGGACAUAGAGAGUGUUAUAGCCAAACUUUUACAGGAUGCCAACUACAAUAUAGAGAAGGCACAGCAAGGUAUAGUGUUCUUAGAUGAAGUGGACAAAAUUGGCUCCGUGCCAGGAAUCCAUCAGCUGAGAGAUGUGGGAGGGGAAGGCGUGCAGCAGGGCAUGCUCAAGAUGUUGGAGGGUACCAUUGUCAAUGUCCCAGAGCGUAACUCACGCAAGCUCAGGGGGGAGACGGUUCAGGUGGACACAACAAACAUUUUGUUUGUGGCUUCUGGAGCUUUCAAUGGCCUUGACCGCAUCAUCAGCAGACGCAAAAAUGAAAAGUAUCUAGGAUUUGGCACCCAACGAAGCACCAGUGAGGGCCGGCGUGCAGCAUCUGAGGCAGACGUGAAGAGCCAAACAGAAAGUUCUAACGCUGUUCUAGAUAAUGAGGAGAGAGAUGCUCUACUCAAACAGGUUGAAGCCAGGGAUAUGAUUGAGUUUGGAAUGAUCCCGGAGUUUGUAGGCCGCCUGCCUGUUGUUGUCCCCUUUCACAGUCUGACAGAGGACAUGCUGGUCAAGAUCCUGGUGGAACCACGCAACGCCCUCGUACCUCAGUACCAAGCUCUCUUUGGGAUGGAUAAGAUCUAUCUAGAGGUCAAGGAAGACGCCAAGAGAGCUAUAGCCCACUUAGCUUUGGAGAGAAAAACUGGAGCUCGUGGACUGAGAGCUAUUAUGGAGACCAUACUGCUAGACUCUAUGUUUGAUGUGCCUGGCUCAGACAUAACUACUGUGAUAAUUAACGAGAAAGUGGUCAAGGGAGAGGAAGCUGCUGUUUACAUCAGGUCGCCCAAGCUGACACAAAAUGAUGCCGAGUCGCCUGAGGAUUCUGGGUGUGAGGAUGAAGAGGAGUUGAAAGUCAGACAGUCUUGAUGUCAGGCUGUCAGACAGUCUUGAUGUCAGGCUGUCAGACAGUCUUGAUGUCAGGCUGUCAGACAGUCUUGAUGUCAGGCUGUCAGACAGUCUUGAUGUCAGGCUGUCAGACAGCCUUGACGUCAGGAUGCCAGUCUAGAUGUCAGUCUGUAAACCUAUGUCCAGUUGUGACAAAUGUGAAUAAAAUUGUUUUCUUCAAAGCUGUUGUAACCAUACCUGAAAGCUGGGACAGAUGGGGUUUGAUCUGAACGGGCCUAGGUUCUCCUCACAUUAUAAUAACUUAUUGUAUCUGAUCAUGAUAUUACACAACUAUUUAACCUUUUGAAACAGUUCAGUUGAAAAGUGACAGUCAAUACACUUGCUCCAAGUAGUGUUUCAGUAACGGUUGCUCUACAAAAUAUUUUGCUCAAAAUUUUUUUUUUCCUAAAAAACCAAAAAAAGAAAGUUUGUUGUCAGUUCUCACCGCUGUAAAGGUCAGGUAAAAAAAAUAUUUCCUCAAUCUGCCGGUUGAUGUGUAGAAGUUUGGUCACUAUGGUGGGAUGUCACCUGUUGAUGGUUUCUUGAACUUAUUUUGGGACUCUACUUGAUCCACUGGCCUAAAUUAAUCAGGAGUGUUUGAAAUGUUGGUCUGCUUCCAUUGGUCUCGUUAGACCCAGCUGAGUGAUUAGAACUUUAAGUACUUGGUCUCAUUAGCUGUCACAGCUUAUUAGUGUUAUCAUGUUUUGUUUUCUUUGGUACCUAACUGGUUGGGGUUCACAUUUUUAAAUGUAUAAACAAUCUAAUGCAGGUUGAUCAAGUUGGUAGUCAAAAAUCUGGUCACUGUGGCCACAGAUACACGUUGGCCAGAUAAAUGUUUGUUGGCUAAAAUAGUUUUAAAAUUAACAGUUUUUUGGUCCCAGCUCUGUCUAUACAUACCACUUAGUGUGACCGAGUGACCAAAAUUGUGUGAGUUUGGCCAAAAUUGUGUGAGUUUGGCCAAAAUUGUGUGAGUUUGGCCCAAACAGCAUUAUCUAGAAUUUAGAAGUCAUGUUUUUAAAAUUACUUUUGACAGCUGGGUUUGUGAAUUCUUACGUCAGAUUUAUUUAGCAACAUUGUCAUCGUGAAUUCUUCACUAACACUUGACCACCUGUUCUAACUAUUUAGUUUGUUUAUUUAUACCAGAUAGUUUUUAAAAGAUCCAUGCUGUUUUUAUAUCCAAAUUGUAUUUUUAUCAUUCAGUAAAUCAUUGUUUUUAUUCUCAUCUGUAUGAUAAAAUUCUUCUUAAAAUAAUGUUUUUGGUGUUGAAGCUCUUUUGGAAAGAAAAUAAAGAUAACUGUUUUUAACACA